CUUUAAAGCGGCGCCGAACAGAAAGGAAAGACGGAACAGAAGAAUAGAAGGAGCACUCGUGACAUCGGAACCACGAAACUGGAUACGGAACUUGACAGCUUUGCGUCAUGCCACAGUUUUGUACUUACGUACUAAAGUGUAACCUAUAAAGAAAUUGAGCAACAUUAUGUAAAAUUUAGCAACUCGGUUUAUUUCUGCUGAAACACUGGCAUUCAACGUCACUCGUUCGUCUAGAUUGCGGCACAGUACAUUAAAGCGAUAGUUGUAUUUUUAUUUGAUUUUUUUCACUAUUUUUUUUUUUAACAGUUCAUUUAUACAAAAAUCAUCAUUCUUCUGUCAGCGACUGAUUUUCAACAUCUUUCGAUGAAUGAGAAAAAUGGGCAGGAGCCCAAGGCUUCAGCAGCCACAAGUGGCCCCAAAAAAAUUCGUCGAGGCAAACGAGGGAACAAAAAACCUGAUCUCCAUCCCCUGGAACAGUUCCUUCUUUCCGCUGCCAUGGCUAAGCUUGAAGUAGCACCCAAAAAGAGACAAUUGCGAAGACCGAAAGUACCUGAGCAAAGAGUACCAGUUACCAUUGAACGCCACAAUAUAAGCAAUGUUGCCGCCGCUUCUCUCACUCCUUCAGCUGUUCAAUCAAAGGCUACACUUUCACAGACGCAGAUGAACAAGACAAAACCCGAUCAAGGAACUGAAAAAAAUUCAGUGUAUUUCAGUGAUAAUUCUAAUCAAAGGUUGGAAGCUAAUCUGGUAGUUCAAGCUUCAAUGUCGACAAGGAAGCAAAAAACAAAUUCAAGAAAGGAGAAAAAUGAGAUUUGUAACAUAACAGAGAAUACGAAUAUUAAGGGGGAAAAAAAAAAAAAAACCCAUACCAAAACCCAAACUUCUGGCAUCGACCAGAAGAAUCCAGAGAACAAUAAGUUCCCCGAUUACAUAGCUAAGAAAACUGCACGAUCAUUAUUAGCAGCACAGAAGCCCUCAGAAAUCGAAUACGUUGAAGGAAAUAUAAGAAUAAAUCCGAAAUUCUUCAAAGAAGCUUACGUACCGAUGUUGAAUGAUGAAGUAGAUCUUUUAAUACAUGGUCUUCUGGAUAGAAAUCGGGCACUAGAAGGAGACUUGGUGGUAGUUAAAAUAAAUCCAAUGGAAAAAUGGCAUGGAUUGCAAACUUCAAGAGUACAGAAGACGGCAACAGUUGUUUGUAUACUGGAAAAAAUUCAUCCUAGAAAAAUAGUUGGGUUCCUGAAACCGAUGGCAGACAGAAACACACAAAUUGCUCUGUUUGCACCAAAAGAUCACAAAGUACCUAGAUUGAACAUCGAUCGCAGCUCAUGGCCUCCUAAUUUUGAUAAAGAUCCAAAUUCAUUUAGUAAUACAAUGUUCUUGGCAGAAAUUGUGUCAUGGAAUGACGUUCGAUUUGCACGUGGGAAGAUAUUAUCCGGUAUAGGUGAAGUUGGGGACCUGAAAGCUGAGUCAUUGGCAAUCUUGCUUGAAAAUGACUUGGAUGUAACUCCCUAUGCGCCUGAGUUGAUUAAAGAUGUACCACCGAGCAACUACCAGCCAACUCUUACCGAUAUCGAUGGGAGAGAAGACUGGAGGCAGAAGUGCAUCUUCACCAUUGACCCAGCAACUGCCCAAGACUUGGAUGACGCAAUGUCAUGCAAACUCUUGGAGAAUGGAAACUAUGAAGUAGGAGUUCAUAUAUCAGAUGUGACGCAUUUUCUCAGUGCAUUUUCUCCUCUGGACAAAGCAGUCGCUAAACGUGCAACAACAAUAUAUUUAUCAGACUCAGUCUAUCACAUGCUUCCCAAACAGCUGUGCAACGUAUGCUCCCUGCUGCCAGGGUUAGACAAGUUAGCCUUUUCUGUGAUAUUUGAGAUGACGCCAGAUGCGGAAGUAGUCAAGCACAGAUUUACUAAAACUGUGAUAAAUUCCUGCUGCCAGUUGGCCUACGAAGAUGCUCAGAUGAUGAUCAUGAAUCCAGAGAAAGAAUGGUCACCUGAAGAGUUUCCAGAGAUCAAAGGACCUUACAAAGUAUCGGAACUUUGCAUUAUAGUAAACAAUCUAAACAAUCUAGCAGUCAAAAUGCGUGAGAGAAGAUUGAAAGAAGGGUCGCUAAGGAUAGACCAGAUGAAAUUGCAAGUUAUCGUUGAUAGAGAGUCGGGUUUGCCUGUUUCGUUCACUGUGGAAAAGCGCGAAGACAGCAACAAGCUGAUAGAGGAGUUCAUGUUGCUGGCUAAUAUCACUACUGCGAAUCAUAUCUACAAAAACUUUCCAGACGUGGCUCUACUGCGUUGUCAUCGACCUCCUUUGAUGCGUUCUCUUUCUGAAACCCAGACUAUGCUUGCAAAGCUUGGAAUACAUAUCGAUAUAGAGAGCGCAGGAGCCCUGCAAGCGAGUCUGCUUCACUAUGAAGCAGACCUCAACGGCGCUUUUAAUAGGGAGAGUUACCUCGCUAGCGUCAGAUCAAUGGUCUUGUACGCCCUUUGCGCAAAAACUAUGACGCGUGCUAAAUAUUUCUGCACAUCAUCUAAAAUGAGCGAAUCCGACUCAAGACAUUACGCUUUGAAUGUACCACUCUACACACACUUUACAUCUCCGAUUAGAAGGUAUCCCGAUUGUGUGGUGCACCGAUUAUUGCACGCAUCGAUACAGAAUGAGGCCAUACCUCAUUGGACUCAAAAACUUUGUAGCUCAAUUGCUGCAAAUUGCAAUAAGCAGAAGCUCAAUGCCAAACGAGCACAAGAAAUGAGCAACAACUUCUACUUGACAUAUCUUCUUGGGCUCACAGGACCAGUCGACAGCACUGCCAUUGCCAUUGACGUGAAAGAUCGUAGCGUCGAUGUCGUAAUUUGUAAUAUGGGGAUCACUUUACGUAUUUACUGCGCUAAAAUAGAAAAACACGCAACAGUUCAUCACGCGAAGGAUGACGAUGUACAAACAUUGACGAUUAUUUGGAAGAAAUCCAACGUGACCCAGGUAAUCAAUAUCUUCAGCAUAAUGAACGUUCGCGUCUGCAAAAAUCCGACGACAAAAUGCCUGGAGGGAGAGUUGUUACCACCGUAACAUUUAGGCUUUUAAUUUCUAGCAUUUUUGAUACACCGAGAAUGGUGCCGACUCUGUAUACACAAUCAUGCAAAGAGAUAUUGUAAUUUGUAACCAACUUUUCUUAUGUUACAUAUGUACAUAUAAUUACCUAGUAUGUACAUACGUUCAGGUGAUUAUUUCCAACAACACUUAGAAUACAUUUUUAUUUUAUUAUUUACACUCUGUAUCUACAGUGCGAUGUUAUACCUGAACCCAUUUCCUUUUGAUAGAUUUAUAAGCUAAAGCUGCGCAUUGUACAAUAAACUAAAUCAACUGAUUAAAACUGACUUCU